AUGGGCCUCGACACCGCAUUAUCCCCUGUCGUAAAUUUUAUUAAAUCUCUUUCCUCUCCCGUUCAAAUUCUUGGACUGCUAAUUAUAGUAUAUAUUAUUCGAAAGAUUGUGCAGUCAAGAUUUCGAAAACCUCCUCCUCCUCCUCGAGAAAAGCCUCUUGAGCCUAUGAAGAAACGCGACUUCACUCCUUUUGAGUUGCUAGAGUACGAUGGCGUGAAGCAGAAGCGAGUCCUUCUUGCCGUUAACUUUAAGGUUUUUGAUGUAACACGUGGAAAAGACUUCUAUGGUCCAGGUAAGUUUAUCGACGGAUGUCAUUGUUAGAGCAAUAUGGCUAGAUUUUAAGGGUUACAAUGAAAGUCGAUGUAGAUUUCAUGCUCCUUGAUUUACCCUUGUCAGAUUUGUUCAGGAUCGAUUAGGUAUUAGCUUAGCCUUAAUUUUGGCCGCAUUUCUGCGUCAAUCGUUCUAUAUAACUCACCACAGAAUGGUGCAUAAUAGUUUAGAGUAGUUGAUCGAAUGUCUGAAUACAUUUCUUGGCCAUAUGGCGAUAAAGAGUGUAAUUUCUCGCUUGUGUAAGUACGAGUUUCAUGAAACUUACCAGUACACUGGGGCAUCUCUACGUCGUCAUCUUGGCCUUAUCAAAGUUUUUCAGUGACAAUUGUUCAUACACCAGCAGUUCUUCAUAUCCUUCUUUGUAUAUUUUUUGCUUACAAGUACUUAGAACAAAUUAAAAUUGGCGCCAUUAAUUAUAACGGUCCUCAACCUGUGUAUCAGUUCAUUGUUAUUCAAAUAUGUCAAGCAUGUGACUCAAGCAUGCUUCCUUUGUUUUCAAAGGAACUGAAUAGAUUUCACUUAUCUCCUAUUUUCUUUUCUCCUGCAAAAAGAGGUCCUAGAGUUAGAAGUACUGCAUUUUAUGCCAUGAACCCCAGUCUUGUAAUAAAAACCUUUGUCUUCUUAAGGUUACCGGAUACUUUCAGAUGAUUAAUUUCGUUAAAAUAUAGAUUUUUGAUUUUUUAUUCUUUCCACUCAAAGGGGGACACUUUGAGAAGCUAUAACUCGGAAUUUGUUUGAGUGACCUAGAAUUUUCAAGAUUUGUUACUUUAAUAUGUAAGCAGCAAAAAUGUGUUGGGGAAUUUUUUUUUAAAUUUCAAACUUCAUAUGCAACCAUUUUCGCCACUAAGCUAUAACUCGGAAUUUGUUUGAGUGACCUAGAAUUUUCAAGAUUUGUUACUUUAAUAUGUAAGCAGCAAAAAUGUGUUGGGGAAUUUUUUUUUAAAUUUCAAACUUCAUAUGCAACCAUUUUCGCCACAUGAUCAUAUUGUUGAUGUAGACCCCAUUGCUUCAGUGUUAUAAUAGAGUCUAACUGAGUGGGUCACCUCUUUGAUGGCCUAUGAAACACGUUUGUAUUAAACACCCAUGCACUCAGGAUUUGAGUAGUUCACCUGCCGGUCUAUUCCGCUCCUUCACUGCAAGUAGAGCAUUGUCUUGGCUUCGCCGGUGAACAUCUAACUGAAUUGCAUUUCUUAUAUAUAUUUUUAAGCAUUGUAAAUAGUUCACUUUUUAAACGUAAGCGUACGAUGUUGGAUUAAAACUGUGAAAUCAAAGUACACGGCUGCAAAAGUGAUGCUGAAAUAACUACAGGGUCUUCACAGUAGAAGAGAUUCAGACUUUGACCGAAACACCCUUAAAAGGGCCUCUCCAUGACUAUGGUUUGAGGUGUUGCGUUUCGUCUGUAGUGGAUACAUUAGUUUACUGGGCUGCCUGUUACAUGCCCAGACUAAAAUCUUCUUUCGUUCAGCCAUUGCCUUGAAAAAAUAACAAAUGUUUAUCAAUAUGGACCCAGAUUAAGCCAAAAGGUAUAGCGUGUUUUGAUAAACAUGUUUUUGCACAUCAGUGCUGUCAACUAUGCAGCUGCUCCGGGGCUGGCUUUUGAUUUUAUAUCCCAUUUUUAAAAUUAUGUAGCACAUGGCUUUUUGAGGUUUAAGAGGUUUUGAGGUCUUUGCUUCCCAAACCACUCCUGUGGUUUUUAUUAUUAACAGUCAAGUUUUUCCAUUCAGGUGGGCCUUACAACGUGUUUGCGGGACAUGAUGCUAGCCGAGGUCUUGCUACGUUUGAUGUUGGACCUGAUGCCGUGAAAACAGAACAUGAUGAUCUGUCAGACUUAAACAGCAUGCAACUGGAUUCUCUGCAUGAAUGGGAGACACAGUUUAUGGAAAAAUAUGACAUGGUUGGAAGACUGUUAAAGCCUGGUGAGAAACAUCAACAAUAUUACGAUGAAUCAGAAACUGAAGAGGAAGAUGGAAAAGGAGGAAAGAAAGAGCAAUAA